AUGGCUGAAAUGCACACUCCAUACUCCUCCUUGAAGAAGCUGUUGUUUUUCCUCAAUGGCCUCCUGGCGAUGUCUGGCGUGUUCCUCAUUGGCUUGGGCACCUGGACCAACGGACAGGCCACCCUGACGAGGGUCCUUGGCUUGUCUUCCACGUACCUCCUUCACAUUGGCUACCUGUGUUUGGUGAUGGGAUGUAUCGCAGUGCUACUUGGCUUUGCUGGGUGGUAUGGAGUUACUAAAGAGAGCAGAGGCAUUCUCUUGUUUUGCUUCCUGUCCCUGGAGCUCAUCGUCCUCAUGGAAGUCACGGUCGCCACGGUGAUCCUUGCUUUCUUCCCAGUUGUUCAAGACAUGGCCUUUGAGCACAUCCUUGCCACCAUGAGGAAGAAUUACAAAGGUUACAAUGAGCCAGACGACUAUUCCAUGGAAUGGAAUUUGGCCAUGGGGAAGCUAAGGUGCUGUGGGGUGAAUAACUACUCAGAUUUUUCGGGCUCCUCCUUUGAAAUGAUGACAAGCCAUACCUACCCCCGGAGCUGCUGUAAAUCCAUCGGGGCCACAGCCUGCGAUGGCCAAAACGUGUCCAGAGAUGUCAUCCACCCGGAGGGCUGUUUCCUCAAGUUCAUGCGAAUAACCAAGAUUCAGAGUUUCACAUUGAGUGUGGUCUCACUGGGGGCAGCGGCGAUACAGCUGCCAGGAAUUCUUGCCACCUUGCUGCUGUUUGCCAAGUUGGGCUGA